GGAUCUCAGAGGCUCUUGAGGCUGUGGUUCGGUCCUGCCUUCUGUAAGUCUUUGGGGCUUGAGCCAGAUCCAGAGAUGGCUAAGUGCCUUCUGCUACUGCUGCUGGUGGUCCUGUCCUCACUGCUCGGACUCCCACAAGCUCUAGAAUGUUUCCAGUGUAACAGAGUCAACGCCAGCGGGGUCUGCGAGACCGGGGGAAGCAUCUGCCAGACUCAAGGCAGCCAGCAGUGCUUUCUGAGGAGGAUCUACGAAAAUGGCACGCUUUCCUACGGACACCAGGGUUGUAGCCAACUAUGUAUUCCUAUGAAGCUCUUUAAUCCUAACGUUAUUGUGGAAUAUAAAUGCUGUCAUGACUCGUCUCUCUGCAACAAGUUCUAAAGUCAGGGCCCCCAGCUUUUGCCCUGAUCUUUUAUGCAUGAAACUAAUUUCAGUUCAGUUCAGUGGCUCAGUCAUGUCCAACUCUUUGCUACCCCAUGUAUCGCAGCAUGCCAGGCCUCCCUGUCCAUCACCAACUCCCGGAAU